AUGUCCGAUUUGGUUAGAAAAAAGGCCCCGGUCUUUCCUAUAUCUAAGGUAAAGAAGAUUGCUAAAUGCGAUCCCGAAUACAUUAUUACAUCCAACGCAGCUAUAUCGGCGACCGCGUUUGCUGCUGAGCUAUUUGUACAGAACCUUGUCGAAGAAUCGCUGGUCUUAGCUCAACUGAAUUCAAAGGCAAAAACAAGCAUACGACUAAGCUUAAAUUCUAUAGAAGAAUGUGUUGAAAAAAGAGAGAAUUUCAGAUUUCUAGAGGACGUCAUCAAACAAUUAAAGAAGAAUAGCGAACUCGACAAGAAAAGAGAAGUGGGAAUGCAAUUAAGGCUUGGCAACGAGGGAGCCCUCAAAGAAGACCCAAAACUGCACAACGACAUUGGUACAGAGGACGAAGAAGAAAACGAAGUAUCUGAACAAGAGGAACCCGUACAUGAGGAAGAACUUUUAGACGAUGGCAAAGAGCAACAAGAUGAUAAACCCACGCGCAGCGUGGCAAGUUUACUGUCAAGGUUCCAAUACAAAUCCGCACUAGAUGUAGGCGACGAUUCAGAUACUUCCGAUUUCGAAACGGAUAAUGCGAAGAACACAUCUGUUUAG